GUGCCUUUGUCUCGCUUGUGUAGUUGUAGUACAGCUGUUUCGUUUCGUGUUUGUUUUAUUGUCGGUUAAUGUAUUUUGUUUUAUUUAACGUGAUUCCCUGUUGUAAAAAAUGAAAUAGCAACUCCCAUAAGUACACUAAAAUCGCUGUUAUAUAUAUAUAAUUGACUAUUUUUUUUGUACGUUUAAUACGGUUUACGUUCACUGUUUGCCGAACAGAGAAGGGAUCACAGUCGGUUGCUUGGCUGUACAACGCUGUGAUCACCGAUCCAAGCCAUUUCAUUCUGUUCGUUACAUUUCUCAUUAAGACACCGUUUUAGCUAUUUUUUGUUUUAGUUUUUUUAUGUAAGUGGGUACCCACGUAGCCGUUGACUAGCGUAUACCAUAUAUUAAUCGACCACAAUCAGGAACUGUCAAACCCGGAGAACAGAUUCCGCCUCUGGCAGAGAGAUGAAAAUCAAGGAUGCUAAAAAGCCGUCUUUCCCCUGGUUUGGGAUGGAUAUUGGGGGGACCUUGGUGAAGCUCGUCUAUUUUGAGCCGAUCGACAUCACCGCCGAGGAGGAGCAGGAGGAGGUGGAGUGCCUGAAGAGUAUCCGCAAGUACCUGACUUCCAACGUGGCCUACGGCUCCACAGGCAUCCGCGACACCCACCUAGAGAUCAAGGACCUCACGCUGCUGGGUCGUCGUGGCAACCUGCAUUUCAUCCGCUUCCCGACUCACGACAUGCCCACCUUCAUCCAGAUGGGUCACGACAAGAACUUCUCCACCCUGCACACCGUGCUGUGCGCCACCGGGGGCGGGGCCUACAAAUUCGAGGAGGAAUUCCGAACGAUUGGAAACCUGCAGCUUCACAAACUAGACGAGCUGGACUGUCUGGUAAAAGGGUUGCUUUAUAUAGACUCACCCAGUUUUAAUGGCCAGGCCGAAUGCUAUUACUAUGAGAAUGCCUUGGAUCCAGAUCGCUGCCGGAAGGUGCCUUAUAACUUGGAUGAUCCUUACCCUUUGCUUGUGGUCAAUAUUGGCUCAGGGGUCAGCAUCCUGGCAGUGUACUCGAAGGAUAACUACAAACGGGUGUCUGGCACAAGCCUCGGAGGGGGCACGUUCCUGGGCCUGUGCAGUUUGCUGACGGGCUGUGACAGUUUCGAUGAGGCGCUGGAGCUGGCAUCGAGAGGGGACAGCACCAAUGCUGACAAGCUGGUUCGCGAUAUCUACGGGGGGGACUACGAACGUUUCGACUUGCCAGGGUGGGCUGUGGCAUCCAGCUUUGGGAACAUGAUCCACAAAGAAAAGCGGGAGGCUGUCAGCAAAGAGGACUUGGCAAGGGCAACCUUGGUAACAAUCACCAACAACAUCGGCUGGAUAGCAAAGAUGUGUGCUGUGAAUGAGAAAAUAAACCGAGUGGUGUUUGUUGGAAAUUUCCUCCGUGUGAACACUCUGUCUAUGAAGCUCUUGGCCUAUGCUCUGGACUACUGGUCACAAGGACAGCAGAAGGCGUUGUUUCUGGAGCAUGAGGGUUACUUUGGAGCAGUUGGUGCGCUUCUGGGCCUUCUAAAUUUUACUUAAAGUGCUGCUUUUUCAACUGGUUGCCGCUGUCCCGCGCUGACAAUGACACAGCUCACAGUCAGGUCUGUCUGACAAACCACCAAAGGACUGCAAAGAGACUUUUUAAGCUGUUCCACACAGAGGAAGAGUCCUAGGGAACAUGGGUCCUCUAAAGUUUAUAAAUACGUUUCGACACUCCCUGGAAAAAGUGACAGAGCAGAAAACAUAUACAGUAGAGUACCUGUGAAUUACAUGGUCCAGUAUGAGUGCCACUUCUCAGUUAUUACCUGAACAUUGCUACACAGCCUCUGACUCAUUUGAUUCCAAACCCUGUUCUGUUUGGUCAAACACACAAGCCAAUAAAAAAAAUCUGAAUUACUGUAUCUGAGAGAAACUUCGAUAUCUACUGUAUCUAAACAGCUAUUCAAGUUUUAGGUGAUAAUGGUUUACACAAAAAUAUGCUGGUAAGGGGCCAGUGUUAUAAAUGUUGUUUAACACCUAGCUAUAUGCUGGGACUAAUGGGUUGUGGGUAUGAGAUUAAUUUACUCUUCAUCUGAUUACAGUGUUACAGUAGAGCAAGCUUGUGGCUUCCAAUUACACUUUUAUGCAUAAAUCAAGUCAAUGUUGAAACCUGAAAGUAUCAGCGAUUGGAAAAUGCUAAAAUACUUGAUAAAAGGGCUUUAUGCCUAAGAUGCGCAUUUCAACUACAUAGCGGUUGCUCUUUAUCAUGGGGAUCAAAUGUACCUUGCUGUUUUUCUUAAUAAUUCGUUUUGUCUUGCGGUCUGUCAGGACUUGAUAAUGGCACACAAUAUAUGUGAAUUGAGCAAAAUUCCCAGUUUUGCUCAGGCACUCAAACAAAACAGCACUAGAUUAUUCAUCAACAGCACUUGUAUAAAAAGAAGAUUAAUCAUCACCACUGUGAAGUUUAGUUUUAUGCUUGGACCAUACUGUAAGUUCAUCAUAUGAGUAAAGUACUUAUUCAUUUAGAUUUUAUAUGUGCAAAUUAAAAGCACAUAAGAAUCUGAAAUCUGAAUAAUGCUUCAGUAUCAACAUAAUCCUUUCUUGCUUUCCUCAAACAAAGCACUUAAAAUCUGCUGUAUAUAUCAACAGGUGUGUAUUCCCAUAGCUUUGUAGAUAGAAUUUAAGUGCAAGGUGAUAAUAUCUGUGUAGCAUAAACCUUGGGAAUUAAGAGCAUGAGAAGUCUGCAUAUCUCUAUUUUGCACUAGUAGUGAAAGUGGACAAAAAGGGAUUUUGCACUGGGAGUUACUGACACUUGUAAAACUAUCUUCAAAACCUCAUCUACAGAUCAUUUGAAUCUGUCAGGUGACUAACCUGUCAGGUGACUAAACCAAGUCCAACUUAUUACAUGCAACAUUUGCAAAUUGUUCUUAAACAUUCAUAUAUUCAAUAUAUAAAAAUGUUUUAAAUAGCUACUAAAACAUACAAGCUUAACUCGACCAAGUAGCCUUUUUGGGUUUGUAACAUUUCUGAGCUAUUGAAACACUCCUUAAAAUAAUUUUUGUAAUAUAAAAGACUUUGCCUUUUUAAAAGAUUAAACUUACUUUUUUAGUAAUUCCUUUUUGUGUUAAUGAUGUGUUGUUUAUAUUAAAGAUGGGCAUUACUUCAGAGACAGUAACAUUGUGGAAAUGUAGUACAGUAUCUUUUUUUUGUAGUCUAGUGCCAUUUAUCUGUAAACCACAAGGCCUGGCCACAAAUCUCUAUUACAAUUAAUUCAAUUUGACUAUCACUUAAAACCAAUCAUAAUCACAGACCUAAAGCAAUUAGUUUGAUUACUUGAAGUCUUAAAAGAAGCUAAUAUCAUUAUAUAAUUGAAAAGAUGCUAAUAAUCAUUGUCAAAUAUGAAGGAUACUAGAUGCUCAUGUAACAACAGAAAAGUUGAAAAUUGUUCAAAUGACACAUUUCAAUCUUUGCUGAAAGAAGUCCCAGUGUAUGAAUUCAUAAUUGACCAUCUGGUUUGUGCAUGCAGAAUUGCUAAACUUAAACUUGCGUCUUAAUACAAGUUGUCUUUAAUUAAAAAGAAAAGGAAAGGACUAAAAUAAAAAUCACAAUUUUCCUCAUUUUUAGUGAUAAUACAAUGUGUGUGCAUGAAAUCUGGCCAUUUUCACCAAAACAAAAGAUGUGCACCAGUGACUAAUGUGGGGGUUCUUUCACUCUGCUUUCACUCUGUGUUUUUCUUUCAUUUUUCUCAUGUCUGUCUAUGAUCAUACCUUGUUGAAGACGUCAUGAAACAAUAAAACAAAAAACAUUACAAUAUAAAUGGUAGAAAUAUCACAGUUUUGCUGCCACAGCUUUCUAAUCUUAUUUCAACACUGAACUGAACAGUGCUAGGUUUCAUUUACAUUUACAGGUUGUAAAUGAAAGGCUGUAAUGAAGAUUUAGUGUUUAUAGUUUUGUAGGUUUUUUUUCAUGGGAUCAACCCUGGGUUAAUAUUUUCAUGGGAUCAUUUUUUUUGGGGCCACUUGAAUCGUUAAUUGUUUUUUACUAUUGCCUUAUUAUUUUCUUCCUUUGCAUUAUAAAGACCUAAAAACAGAAGUGGACAUUGUAUAUAAGUUUUGAAGAUGCCUUAAUUGUCACUUUUUAAUAUUAGCGUUUUUUAUUAUCCAGAAUAUCCAUAUCCAUUUUUACAAAUAAUGUAAUAUUCCUUUUAUGUCUACCUCAUACUAAUACAUUCAAGCAUAAUUUCAGGAUUUUAAACCGAGUCCUACUGCUACAUAGGAAUUAGUAAUACAGGUAGUGUUUUCAUGCUAUAACAAUGUCUACCAGUAGAGGGCAGGCUUUGACAAGUAGGGCAUUGGAUUUUUCUUUCAUACUUAAACCUAUGUUAAAAAUGUUAGGUUCUUCUUUGUGUUUUGGAAUAACAGAUGUUUCAGAGGUUGUGUGGACAGAACCAAUACUGUCGGUAACACUGUAUUUAAUUGAUUUUAAUCUAUUAUCUUUGCUGGCAAAUCCUGUAAAUAACAUAGUCUGGACCGUAUUCAUUUGCUGUAAAGUCUAUACACACUGUAUUUUUUUUACUGUCAUAGGUAUUUAAACAUUACCAAGGUAUCUAAAGUAUUUUCGAAAAAAAAAUCAAUAAUAUAUGUUUAAAAGAGAGUGGUAAAUGUUUGUUCUGACCAAUAUUAACUGUAACUUUUAUUUUAUUUUGAAUUAGAAUAUGAAAACAGAGAAUCUGUUUGAUGCUAUAAUUUAAAAGGUUAUGUAUUUCCUAUUUUCUUCAAAUAUUGCAAACAAAGAGAGUCUUGACACUCUCCAUAUAAGGGAUAAUAGUAAAAGGUUGCAUUUAUUUUGUGGGCAUUUACUGUACAUAAUCUUUUAUCUUUUUUUAUUCCAUUGAGAAACAAUUUAGAUUAGUUAAGGUAUCAAGGAGUAUUUCUAAUUGGAAAGUCUAGUUUAGAAAGUUUAUGCAAAAAUCAUACAUCUUCAAUAACACUAAAAAUAAUUUUGAGUUUGUUUUUGUGUGCAACAAAACAGGAAUCAACUAUGUUCUGGACAGUACUUACAUGUAUAAAGCCAAGUGACCCUAAAUACUUUGUAAAUGCUACAUUUUAAAAAAGUUAAAUGGUACUAUAGGCCUCUGUGUUUUGAAAAAUAAGUAUUCUGUGUUUCUGUAUAGCUGUGUGGGUCUGUAAACUCAAUUAUAUAACCAAAACACAUGCCACUGAAAUUCAAUGAUCUUCAGAGAGACAUCACUUAUCAUGAUUGUGAGAGCCUCAAUUCACGGAGUUUUGUAUGUCACCAUCUUAUUACCAGUUUCUAAAAAUCUGGAACAAUUCCAUUAUAAUCAAUUGAACAGGUGAUGUGUUAAAUCUGUUAAAUCAGAAAGUUUUAAAAAGUAAUUUCUCUUGAGCCCUUAAGGCCCAUAAUUAUCUUAACUGAACAGAUUAUCAAAUUGAUUUAUCGAUGGUUUGAUUUCUAAAUGUAUAGGUGGUAUAAAGAUCUUUAAGAAUAGCAUCAGUUUCACUGUAUGUUGAAGGUAAACAGUUCAAAAUUAAUGAAGCAGUGGUAAAGACCUGUUUGUACCUUUAAUUAAAAUUAGUAAACCAAGGGAUUAUAACUCCUCAUUUGCUUGUUCCUUUUACCUGCAGACAUAUUCUUCAAGUAAAGAGUGAGGUGGUGUUGGCAUCUUUGACAAAGGAAUUGGCCUUAAUUUAAACCGCUAAUGGAAUAAUACCUUCUGUACAAUUAGAAAUCUGUCUGUUCAGUGAUGUGUAUGACGGCAGUGUUAUGCAAGUAAAUUGCAACAGAUGUUGAAGUCAGUCACUGUGUUAAAGGAGAAUACACUACUCCACCCACUGCUGCCACAUGUAAUUCUGAUUAAAUUACAUGUAAGUCAGAUUGGUACUGAUGAUAUCAGCAGUAUUGGGUUAAAGAAAUGCAGUAGUUCUUCUAAAGUAUUGGUGAAACUAAAUAAUACAAUAUUGGGUUACGGUAAGCUUCUCUGUGUUAAAAUAUUCUGGACUCUGUUGUAUUUCUGUUAUGUUGAAAGUACUGUAAACAUUUUUUUAAUUGUUCCCUCCUACAUUAUGGUGUAUCAUCCGGGGAAAGAGACUUUUUUUAAUUUGUCAAAUAAAUUCCCAUGUCGUUGGAUUUAGUGUUGUAGGAUUUACUAAAAUGAUCAUUCAAAGUUAACCUUGUUACCAGGUACCUGCUGUGAUUUGACAUUUAAAACUAAACAGGCCUUAUCUAAAACUAAACUAAACACAUAUCCUUAUCUUAACAUUUUUUUUCUUCAUUUUUUCUCCAUAAAGCAUAAUGGCUUGGCUUAUUGAUAUUGUGGCUUAUAAAUACACUCUUGUGUGGUACACAAGCACCAGCACAUGUACACGUCUGUUAGAACGCAGUGUUCUUUAGCUAAAGAAACAGUUGGAUGAUGCUGUAAUUGUUGAACAGUAAUGGAAACUGGCACAAUGGUACAGCAGGCUUUAGUUCAGGUUAUAUAUAUUCACCAAAAUGAAAUGCCUUUAAAACCAUCUAAUGUAAAUUGUUUUUGUUUUUUUUUUUGCAUUUUUAUGGUAUCCAUAAUUUGUUUCCCUUACUCUGAUGCAUAGUAUAUCUUUGCCUAAACUGGAUAUUUUUGGAGGUUUAGGGUAGAAGAGAUCCCAUCUCAGACCUUCUUUGUGGCUCGAUCUCAUUUUCUGGCUUUAAUUACACUGUAAUAAAAUGAAAUAAAACACUCAUAAAAUGAA